AAAAAAUACUUUCACUUUUAACUUCAGCGCUGCCAUGAAAUGGCGUCGAACGAGGUGUCUGAAGUAAGAAUUGUGCUGCUGGGGGAAAAUGUACCUCUGACCAACGCAGUGGGAAACUUCAUCCUGAGCAGAUCUGCAUUUGAGACUGAAAUUCCUUCUUCAGUGAAGCAGUACAGUGAGAAAGCCAAUGGUUAUGUGGAGGGAAGAAUCAUCACCAUCAUCAACACACCUCAUCUCUAUAACCCACAACUGUCUCAGGAGGAACUGACUCAGAGGGUAAAAGAGUGCAUUUCUCUUGCUGAUCCUGGACCUCACGUGUUCCUCUUAGUGCUUCAGUCAGAAACAGUCACACGUGAAAAACAUGACAGAGUCAGAAGCAUAUUGGAAACUUUCAGCCCACUGUCCAGAAAACGCUCCAUAGUGAUAACUACAGGUGAAGACCAGGGAUUCCUCAGUGAAUGUGAAGUGAGACACCACAGGAUUCAGAAAAUAUCUCCAUUUGAUAAACAUGAGGUUCUUCAGCUUUUAAAGAAAAUUGAUGCAGUGGUAAAGGAGACUGAAGGAAGCAGGUUGCAUGAGAAUAAACACCCAGAAACACAGAGAAGACAUGAAGAUCAUUUCACAAAAAACACAGCAAAGAUAGAUGGAGAUACAGUGAGAGGAAAAGUGUCUGAUCUGAGAAUUAUUCUGUUGGGAAACAGUCUCUCAGAUACCAGCAGUGUGGGAAACUCCAUCCUAGCCAGAUCUGCAUUUGAAGCUGAACAUCCUCUACAUUCAGUAGGGUUUCAGAAUGAGAGAGUUACAGGGCCUGUGAUGGGAAGAAACAUCACCAUUAUAAAUGCACCUCAUAUUUUUUACCAAACUCUUUCACAAGAUCAGCUCACACAGUGUAUUAAACAGUGUCUCUCGCUUUCAGCUCCUGGGCCUCAUGUCAUAAUGCUGGUUGUACAGUUGCAAAAUUUCUCUGUAGCAGACAAAAGCAGACUGGAUUUAAUUUUCUCAUCUCUAUCUGAGGAAACCUAUAAGUACACCAUUGUGGUCUCUACUAAAAAUCCAGAACAUUGCAGCAAUGCAGACAAGGAAAUCAUACAGAAUCUCAUUGCUGAAUGUCAUAACAGACAUUUCGAGUUCAGUAAAUGCAGUCAGGCCAGCUUCGUGGAGAUGAUAGAGGAGAUGGUCGAGGUGAAUAAAGGGAGCCUUAAGUGUGAGAUGUAUGCAGAUGUUGACUCUGCAGAAGACCAAAAACUGUCUGAGAAAAUUGGAGGUCAACCUGAAUACAGACGCCAUAGCACAGACCUGCCACAAGAGAAGACAGCUACACAGAGGAGUGAGGAAGUGGCAGAAAGGGGAAAGGAAUAUAUGAUGGAGUCUGGAGAAGACAGUUCAAAAUAUGAAAAAAAGAAAAAGCUUGAAAUGGAAAAAACAGAGCAGCUGUUUCUUAGACUUGAUCUUGAGGAAAAGCAGAAAGUGAAAAUGAAAAUUUCAGACAUUCUCCAAAUAACUUCACAUUCAUUAAACUGGAAGGAGUCUUGUACAGAGAAAGAGUUGGUGGAAACCUUUCUACAAAGGCUUUUAAUGAUGGACUAUAGUGCAAGAUAUAUUAGCACUGAAGAAGAUGUUGCCAUAGUUGAUUAUGUUGACCUCAGUACAGGAGGUGAUGAAGGUUUUGGUUUGUUUGAUAAUCUUUUCACCAAAAAGGCAGAAUCAUUUAACGAGGAAGACCAUAAAUCUCCUGUUCACCCCAUGGAUGUUCAGAUGGCGGUGCUCCACUGCUCUGAUCUUCUCCUAAAGCAGAAAAUAGUGACUAAACUGGCUCAGUGUCAGUACGCUCUGCCUCUGCUGGUGCCCAAUCCCUUCACCAGAGAGAUCCAGUUUCCUCUGUGGACCUUUCGCCAAAUCAGAAAGAGCUGGAAGACCUCUAAAUCUGGUGAGGAGAUCACAAAAACCUGGGCAAUAUCUGAGGCAGAAACUCCAAUGGUGGCCUUCUUUAGGUUUGGUUCUGCAUCUUCAUCCAAGUCUCAGAUAAUGAACAGCUUGAUCACUGAGAAACAUGACACCUUCUUCCACAGACACUGUACCAACAGCAGCAAGAACCAGCUCCUGAUGGAUGGAGUGGUGGAGAUCGCUUGGUACUGUCCAUCUGGAAAGGAAACGGAUGUUUUCUCUGACUGUAUUGCAUUCUGUAAUCUCCAUGGUGAUGCACAAACUAAUCAAGAGCAACUGGAGAUUCUGACUGAAAUGUCCUCAGUGAAUGUCGUGCUGUUAGGUGAUCAAAAUAAAAUCACAAAUAAGCACUUACUAGAAGAUCUUUUGAAAGGCCACAAAUCUCUUAUUUGCCUACUAUCUGAUGAUGAAUCAGGUGUUACUAGAUUUAAUGAUGGAAAAUACAAGGUUGGACUUAAAGACAGAACUCAGUCAGAUAUAUAUAAGAACCUCAGAAUGAUCAUCAAAGACUGUUUCUCCAAGUCACCCAGAAGGUUCAAACUUGAAGAUUUUGAAACCGAAAUGACUAUAAAUGAUGAAGAUUUCCCUGCAUGCAAGAAAUCUAAGGAAGCUGCAGUGAUGGUGAUGAGUCAUUUGGAGGAAAUGAUCUCUAAAUUAAAGGAAGAACAUCUGCCCUGUCAGGGGAAGUUAUGGCAUCACUGGUGUAAGAUGAACAAAGACCUGCAUCAACUUUAUGGGAACAACUUGGAAAAGCAAAAAAGCACAAAACAAACACAAAUGAUGGAAAUUCGUGAAGAGCAGCAUAAAUAUGGCCUCUCUGGACUUAUGGAACAAUUCAUUUCUGUCCUAAAUUCUCAAAGUGACAUUAAUGAACGAUUAUUCUUUCUAAAAUGGGUUGGGAUUCUACUGGACAAACGCACAUCAGAUUGUCUUUCUGGUCUUCAUCACAAAUACAAUAAAAAGUGGACAGAAGUUUUAGACCUUAAGAACAAACAUGAUAAAUCAGAUAAAAUGAAAGAGAAGCAAACAGAACUUGAGGAGCUUUCAGUAAAACUGAAUGCAGCAAUGUUUGGUUUGGAGCACCUCCUCAGAGAGAUGGGUCAGAUUUACGAGUCUUUUAUUUCAGUACACAAACAAAAGAAAAGAUAUAAAGAAGAAACGUUGAACUCUCUCCCGAGACUUGCAGCAGAACUUAUGAAAUCUGGCCAUCCAAUGGAGCUGAUGGAUGGAGAUGCUGGUCAUGUUCCUCUGAUGUGGAUUUCAGCAGUUCUAGAUGAACUUGUUAAGAUACUGGGAGAUCAGAGGGUGUUUGUUCUGUCAGUUUUGGGGAUUCAGAGCUCUGGGAAAUCCACCAUGCUGAAUGCCAUGUUUGGACUGCAGUUUGCUGUCAGUGCUGGAAGGUGCACCAGAGGAGCCUUCAUGCAGCUGGUCAGAGUGUCAGAGGAGAUGAAGGAAGAGCUGAAGUUUGAUUACAUUCUUAUUGUAGAUACUGAAGGUCGAGCCCUGGAGCUUGCAGGAACAUCUAGACAUCAUGAUAAUGAACUUGCCACUUUCGUUGUUGGUCUUGGAAACCUGACCUUAAUCAACAUCUUUGGAGAAAACCCUGCUGAGAUGCAGGACAUUCUUCAGAUUGUUGUUCAGGCCUUUCUGAGGAUGAAGAAGGUCAGACUGAACCCCAGCUGUUUAUUUGUCCAUCAGAAUGUUGGAGAUGUUAGUGCUGGAGAGAAAAACAUGGAGGGAAGGAGACGCUUACAGGAGAAACUGGAUGAAAUGGCAAAACUGGCUGCAAAAGAAGAAGAAAGUGAAGCUGAGUGUUUCAGUGACGUUAUUGAAUUCAGUGUAAAAGAGGAUGUGUAUUAUUUUGCACAGCUCUGGGAGGGCAGUCCACCAAUGGCACCACCAAACCCAUCCUACAGCAGAAAUGUUCAGAAUCUAAAGGAAGGCAUUUUCAGAAAUGCGACCAAGUCUCCAGGUCUGAAACUCUCACAGUUUAAAUCACGCAUUACUGACCUGUGGAACGCUUUAAUCAACGAGAACUUUGUGUUUAGCUUCAAAAACACCCUGGAGAUCGCAGUGUACAGGAAACUGGAGACUGAGUUUGGAAAAUGGACCUGGACCCUCAGGAGUGCCAUGUUAGAUACUGAAGAAAAACUUUACAACAGAAUUGAAAAUGAAAAACUGAAGAGAAUUGAAGAGAAAGAUCUUUAUUCUUACAUGAAAAAGACCAAAGAGGAAGUGGACAAAUCAGUGAAGAGUUACUUUGAAGAAGACAAAGACAAAGAGAUUUUAGUUCAGUGGAGAGCGAGAUGUGAAACCAAAAUCACACAACUUUAUGAAGAUCUUAUCAGAGACACAAAACAAAAACUGAAUGAAGUUAUUCAGCAGCAACAGGCACGAGAUGCCUUCGAAAGCAAAAGAAAAGAAUACAGUGAAAAACUGUUCAGUCUGAGCAAAGAUCUCGCUCUGAAACUCAAAUCCACAACUACCAAUGAACAAGAUCUUAAGAAGGAAUUUGAUCAGUUGUGGGACAAAUGGGUCACUGAACUGACACAAGACACACCUUCAGGAAAAGCUACUGAGUUUUGGGAGGAUGCUAAACAGAUUCUGUCUGAAGGUAAUGAAGCUUUUGUGUUCGAUCGGCAAAAUCAGGAGGACUUCAAAAAUAUUGACAAAAUGGGAAAUUAUUCAUCCUACAUUAUUUUGAAGGAGCAAAAGAACUUUUUGCUGAGAGUCAGCAGAUAACACAAAAGAAAAGUAAAGAACAACACAAACAUCAGUCAGGCUUUUGGAGUGGACUUUUCUCAUUUUUUCAAUUUCCCAAUAGCAACCAAAGCAAAAGUCAGUCUGAGAUUGGCCUGCAUUCUGAACACCAUAAUAU